GGACAGUACACUUAGACCUAUCCACGGCGUUGUCAGAUCUACGCAUGCGCAGACCGCGCGCAGCUUCGUCUGAGUGUGUACUUCCUGAGUUAGCCUCGGUCGCUGUGGUCGGUAGUAGCAUGUAGAUGAGAGCCGAGGAGCAGGAGCAGGCUGCUGGAGGUGACUUUCCUGAGUAGCGGACAAGAAAAGAGCACUUUCGGCGAGAGUUUGCCUCGACAACAUGGACUACUGGAGUGCCUUGGAGGUGUAUAAGGAGAUGCUCCUGCUGUACCUGGAGGAGGGCAGACGGCAGAUCAACACACGCUGUGCAGACCUGGAGCCAUGGCAGAUCAUCGGAGCCACAGUCAUCACUACACUGGGUGCAGUCUGGAUCAAAGGCUUCCUCUUCCAGCAAGAAAGUCUCAUAUCCCGAAUCAAGAAGCAGUGCUUUCGACUCAUCAGAAAAAUACCCUUUAUUGGAGCAACAAUUCAGAGCCAGCUCGACAAGGCUUUGGAUGACAUGUCUGCCAGUCUGUGCACACUGAAGGAGGGGAUGAGCUACACUAAACAGCUGCCUGCUAAAGGUCUCUCUCAGAGCCAAGUGCUGGACAAAAUCAGAGAAUACGAGACUCUGAACGAUGUGGAGUGGGAGAAAGGAUGUGUUUCUGGGGCAGUGUACUGGGGUGAUGAAUCGUUGACCAAUCUCCUGGUGAAGGUAUAUGGAGACUUUGCAUGGAGUAACCCACUUCACCCAGACAUCUUCCCUGGUGUGAGAAAGAUGGAGGCAGAGGUUGUUCGAAUGGCUUGCACACUUUUUAAUGGUGGACCCAACUCCUGUGGCACAGUUACAUCAGGAGGAACUGAGAGCAUACUUAUGGCCUGCAAGUCAUACAGAGACAUGGCGUAUGAACGUGGUAUCAAAUACCCUGAAAUUCUUGCCCCCGUGAGUGUCCAUGCAGCCUUCGACAAAGCCGCACAUUACUUUGGGAUGAAGCUUGUUCACAUCCCCCUUGACAAGAAAACUAUGAAAGUAGAUGUGAAGGCUAUGAAGAGAGCCAUCAACAAGAACACCGCCAUGCUCGUGUGUUCAGCGCCUCAGUUUCCUCAUGGAAUCAUUGAUCCUGUCGAGGAAGUCGCAAAGCUUGCUGUACGCUACAAGAUCCCGAUGCAUGUGGAUGCCUGUCUGGGAGGUUUUCUCAUAGUCUUCAUGACCAAGGCUGGUUUCCCACUUGCUCCAUUUGACUUCAGGUUAAAAGGUGUUACCAGCAUCUCUGCUGACACCCACAAGUAUGGUUACGCCCCCAAAGGUUCCUCAGUGAUCCUCUACAGUGAUAAAAAGUACCGCCACUACCAGUACUUUGUAGCACCAGACUGGCAGGGUGGAAUCUACGCCUCGCCCUCUAUUGCGGGCUCAAGGCCGGGAGGAAUCAUUGCCGCCUGCUGGGCGACCAUGAUGCACAUGGGAGAGAGUGGCUAUGUAGAGGCCACUAAGAAGAUCGUCAGCACGGCACGCAAGAUGGGAAACGAAAUCCGCAAGAUAAACGGUGUGUUUGUGUUUGGGAAUCCAGAGGUGUCGGUGGUGGCAAUAGGUUCAGAUGUUUUUGAUAUUUUCCGUCUGUCUAAUGCACUGACGUCAAAGGGCUGGAAUCUGAACACACUGCAGUACCCGUCCAGCAUCCACAUUUGUUGCACCGUCCUGCACACACAGCCGGGCGUCGCUGACCAGUUUAUUAAUGUAGUCAGAGAGCAGGUUGCCAUCAUCAUGAAGAACCCCAAAGAGAAAACCACAGGAAUGGGAGCGAUCUACGGCAUGGCCCAGUCCAUCCCAGACAGAUCCAUGGUGACGGAGAUCUCCCGAGGUUUCCUGGACUGUCUCUACAGCACAGAGGUGCCCAAGACCAGCAACAGCCACAUGAACGGCAACGGAAAAGCCCACUGAAGUGGUUUGGGUCCUCACGGCCCGCCCCCACCCCUGCAGGGAAAUGCGCUCGCCUCCUCUCAGAGCUCUAGGUUAUCCCUCAACGGUUGCCUUAUUUUGCAUACCUACACCAUACAUAAACCAUCUGCAAAGAUCUUUGAAGCACAAGCCAUCGUCAUUUUAAUCAGAGGGAAAUAGCUUGUAACACUGUGCCUCAGUGGCACAGAAAAGAAAUGACUGGUUCCAAACAUGUUUUAUUCAUUUAAUUAGAUUUCACUGUAGUUGAAGUGUGUGUGUGUGUGUUUGUGUGUGUGUGUGUUUGUGUGUGUUGUUUUGUUUUAAAAGUUCAUUUCAAUUUUAUCUUUUGUUAAAUGUCUGUCAUAACCUCCAAUUGCAAAGAAAAACUUUUUUUUUUAAAUGCCUGAUCAUUUCAGCUUGCUGCCAUCACAGCUUCAUUAUUUGUGAUGACUCAGCAAAAACACAGACCACUGAAAGCUUGUUAGAAGCGCUGUGCUGCCCUCUAGCAUGACACGUGACGUACUGCUCCAGACUGGCUCUACAUGUGGAGGCCUGUCGAGCGGUGUCAUGUCGUCGUUAUCAUGUAAAUGCUCCCUGAAAAACAGCUUUUUUUUCCUUUUUUUUUUAUGUGAAAGCACUGCGAUGCCCUGACAAGAACAUACCAGGUUAAUCUGCAAAUCACUUGAAACUGCAAUUGCGAUGUUAUGGUAGAAGUUUGUCUGUGAGCAUGAACAUGCAUGUCCUUGUUUGUUGGCACUUAGUAUGAUGACAUUCGUUUUGUUUUUAUGUCUGCAUGCUAAACUGUUUGGAUUUGUACACAGUGGGAGAAUGAUUUGAAUAGUGGGAGAUUUUUUGAUGUCCUUUAUAAAACUUAAGAUUUAAACUGGGAGAGGUUGUAACCACAGCAUGGAUAUACUGAAAGUGGGUGUUGGAAUCCAAAGCUUUUCAGCCUUUUUGGUUAUUUUGUUGAUUGUGUUUCAGAAACGGAAAAAAAGGGCUUCCAUGCAGUAGCCUGCUUGUAAAGCAAGGCAGUGAAUUGUCUUCUAACAGACUGGACUGAAGGCUGUUUUCCAACCCUGGUCCUCUGUAUAUUAUCAAGAAGCAGAAACUCAAUAUUUCCUCUAUAGUCGAAUCAGCGUAGAAUCACCUGUGUACCACCUCGUUUUAAUCUUUUGUCUCCUAAUUCAAUCUACCUCAGUUUCUAAUCAAUGCAAAUGUCAUCCAUUGAAUCACAUUCUAACAGGGCAAACAUUUCUGACACAAUUUGCGAGGGCAUUUGACAAACUGUACUCAGACAUACUGAUACUGAAAGGAAACAGAUUCACUGUGAUGGAGGUUUUUGAUCCACGGAUUUAAUUUUAACCUGGGUGAAAAUCAUUCCCUGCCCUGUCUGAAUGUGGAUAUAUUUUGGGAAAUAUCCCUUCAGCAGGAUGUGUACACAUUUAGUUACAGGUCAACAAUGUAUACUGUAACACCAAAAGGACCUUGUCUUGUUCUUUUCUUUCAUACGUUUUCCUAAUAUCGCUUGUUGAAAUUCUGUUUUUCCAUGAAAUGAUUUCCAUGUUUGUGCAAUAUGUAACUUUUCCUUUUACAAAGUGAAACAAAGGGUAACGCUCUGUCAAUGUUUAAGAGACAAGUCAUUAGAAGCAUAGCAUUGAAGGAUAUGUUAUCAUCCUUGUUUGUGUAAUUUAACGAUUUGUGGUGACCACUGGGUGUUUUAUUAAUCACUUAAUUUGUGAGUCUGUUUUGUGACCUGUGUUUUCAACCAUUGUUUUUUUUUUCAUACUGAGCAGUUUUUUUCUUAAGAGAUUAGACACGAAUGUAUUUAGGUUCUUACAUGUGCAGGGACCCCCCCCCCCCCCCCCCCCUCGUCUUUCAGUCAGUGCCUGGUUAAAAGACAGAGGACAAAACUCCCCCACUAACUGAUUGAAGCUCAUACUACAUGUAUCAUCAUAUAUCCAUCUAUUCUUAAAUAUUUUGCCCAGUGACAGGGCGUCGAAACUUUUCCAACAAUGACUCAUCCCGUUUGCUUUGGAGAAAUAUCUGCAGAAAUUGUGACGGUUGAAUGGCCGAUAAAUCUCUUUAAUAAAAACCUUUAAUGCAAA